CACACAUCACCCAUACCUCGUUGCAAACACGUCUAUUCCGUCGACAUUGCCCUGACCGUGCGGGCAACAUGACGAGGAAAUGUGUGCUCGCAACAUCCCAGCUCAAUCAAUGGUCUCUCGACUACGACGGAAAUCGUGACCGCAUCCUCGAGGCCGUCCGGCAGGCCAAAGACGCCGGGGCAUCAAUCAUCCUCACCCCGGAAUUGUGUAUCCCGGGCUACGGCUUGCUAGAUCACUGGCUGGAGAAUGAUGUCUACGCCAACUCGUGGGACAUUGUCGCAGAGAUCUUGGCGCACGAGGAAUGUCAAGACAUCAUCAUCGAUCUGGGUCUGCCGAUCCAGCAUCGUGGCUGCAGCUACAAUGCGCGUGUGAUUGCAUUGAACGGCCAAGUGCUUGCCAUCCGUCCCAAGUUGGAUCUGUGCAAUGACGGCAACUUUCGUGAGAUGCGAUAUUUCUCUCCCUGGCCCCGCGGUCGAGUUGACGACUACACUCUUCCGCCAGUCAUCCAGCGACUGCCGUCGAAACAGAGGCGAUGUCGCAUCGGCGAGGUCGCCUUCGAGGCGCUUGACGGCUCGUUCGCGUCGGAGACCUGCGAGGAGCUGUGGACGCCCAACUCCCCGCAUUCCUUGUACAGCCUUGCGGGCAUCGAAAUCAUCUUGAACUCUAGUGGCAGCCACCAUGAACUACGCAAGCUCGACACCCGCAUCAAUCUGAUCACAGAGGCUACCGCAAAGACUGGCGGCGUUUACAUGUACUCCAACCAACGCGGCUGUGACGGAGACCGACUGUACUACGACGGUUGUGCCUUGAUUCUCAAUUCAGGCAAGGUAUUGGCACAAGGCUCUCAGUUUUCUCUCCGAGACGUCGAAGUGUUGACUGCCCUCGUCGAUCUCGACGAGAUUUGGGCCUGGCGCACGUCGCGCAGUCGAGGCAUGCAGGCGAAUCAGCCGGAUGUGCAGAGACUCGAGCGGAUCCAAGUCGACUACAUGCUUUGCAAGGCAUCCGAUAUGCUAGAUCCCAGGACUCGACUUGCAGAGGCCAUUGAACCCCGAUACCAUCUGCCGGAGGAGGAGAUUGCGCUGGGACCGGCCUGCUGGAUGUGGGACUACCUGAGGCGAUCAAAGGCUGCUGGCUACAUUGUUCCAUUGAGCGGAGGAAUCGACAGCUGCGCCACUGCCACCAUUGUGUACAGCAUGUGCCGACUUGUGGUCGCCGAGAUCAAAGCGGGCAACCAGAUCGUGAUCAAUGACGCCAAGCGACUGAGCGGUCAAGAUCCCCAAGACCUGAGCGCAGAGCAGUUCUGCCACAAGAUCUUUACGACAUGCUUCAUGGGUAUGAAACAGCAAUCGUCCAAGGAGACACGCGGCAGAGCUAAAGAGCUGGCCGAGGCAAUUGGCUCGUACCACAUCGACACCAACAUCGAUAAGAUGGUCGAGGCGCUGCACACUGUGGUGACGGGCAUUCUGGACUACCAGCCAAAGUUCAAGGUGCAUGGAGGCUCGAAUUCGGAGAACCUGGCUCUGCAGAACUUCCAGUCACGCUCUCGCAUGGUCUUGACAUAUGCCCUUGGUCAACUUAUCCCGAGCGCUCGCGGCGGCUCGGGCGGCCUCCUGAUCCUCGGCUCCGCCAAUGUCGACGAAUGUCUACGAGGCUAUCUCACAAAGUACGACUGCUCGUCCGCCGACAUCAACCCCAUCGGAGGCAUCUCCAAGACGGAUUUGAAGCGCUUCAUCAAAUGGGCAGAGGACAACUUCCAUCUGCCCAUUCUCGGUGAAUUUCUCGACGCCGUGCCCACCGCCGAACUCGAGCCUAUCACGGAGACUUACGUGCAGAGCGAUGAGGAAGACAUGGGCUUCACAUACGACGAACUCAGCGUGCUCGGCCGGCUGCGCAAGACGUUCAAACUCGGCACGGUGGGCAUGUUUGAGCGGCUGGUGGUGGACUGGAGCGGACACAUGGAGCCCCGCAAGGUGUACGAGAAGGUGAGGAGCUUCAUGUAUUACUACGCCAUCAACCGGCACAAGAUGACCACGAUGACUCCCGGCCUGUACUUGGAGUCCUACACGCCCGACGACAACCGAUACGAUCUCCGGCCAUUCCUGUACCCGGCCUUUACGUUUGAGCAUCGCAAGAUCGAGAACCUGCUGAAGAAGAUGGAAGAGGGUGAGGCCGGAUUCGGCUCCGAUAGCAGAUGAAAGCGGUAGUUUAUCAACAGCGGCCAAUAGUUACACCAGCGCAUGUCGGUGAGUCUGGAAUGUUCGGGAUGGGUGGUACGAUGGCUUCGACUGCAGAUGCAAUGCGAGGGGGCAAACUUUGCCUGAGGUCAUGCGCGCAUGAAACGGUUGUGCGAGGCUGAAAGGCUGGUUGGGUGUCGCACCGCGCUCUCCUGCAUGAGACCUAUCAGAAUUCCACCGAUGGACAUGGCCGGCAGACGAGGCGAACAUGGCGGAUGUGGCACGCCUCAAGCCCCCGGCUUGACGGAUCAGAUGCGGCCAGGAGGCGCGGCAGGGACGCAUCAGCGAUCAAAUCAGUGUUAACAGGGACUGUUAAGUGUUUGACAUGUCUGAAGGCGACAAUGCUCUGCCGACGCGACGUUUAUUAAUAAAUCUCGGAAUCGCAAUAGAGUUUCGCAC